AUGGACUGCUUCCGAACCUACCCUCGUCCUCACGAAUAUUUGGAUAUCUCUAAGCUGCCCAAGAGCUGGGACUGGAGAAAUAGAGACGGAGUCAAUUAUGUGAGCGCCACUCGAAACCAGCACAUUCCCCAGUACUGCGGAUCUUGCUGGGCCCACGGCAGCACUAGUGCCCUAGCGGAUCGCAUCAACAUCAAGAAGAAAGGUGUCUGGCCUUCUGCUUACCUCUCAGUUCAGAACGUCAUUGACUGCGCUGAGGCAGGGACCUGUCACGGUGGAGACCACAUAGGCGUAUGGGAGUAUGCUCACCAGCAUGGCAUCCCCGAUGAGACCUGCAACAACUACCAGGCAAAGGAUCAAAAAUGCAAGAAAUUUAACCAAUGUGGAACAUGUGUUACCUUUGGGGAAUGCCAUGUGAUAAAAAACUACACUCUCUGGAAAGUUGGAGAUUAUGGAACUGUCAGUGGUCGAGAGAAGAUGAUGGCGGAAAUCUAUGCAAAUGGACCAAUCAGUUGCGGGAUCAUGGCCACUUCCAAACUGGAUGAAUACACUGGAGGCCUGUAUGAAGAAUUCCAUGCCUUGCCUAUAAUAAAUCAUAUAGUCUCUGUUGCUGGUUGGGGGGUAGAAAAUGGAACAGAAUAUUGGAUCGUCCGGAACUCCUGGGGAGACCCCUGGGGAGAGCGUGGCUGGCUUCGGAUUGUGACCAGCGCGUACAAAGGCGGAAGAGGAAGAUACUACAACUUGGCUUUAGAAGAGGAAUGUGCUUACGGAGACCCAAUACUCCCCUGAAUUUGCCACUGCACUUUCUUUGACUGGUGCUUUUGAGAUUUUGAUAUAAAAUACCCUGCAAAACUCACUCUUAAGAAAGGGACAGUGCUAUUCAAUAGCAUUUGGCACUGAUGAAAUGUUAGCAUAAUUCAGUUUCUCUUUUUUUAAUGAUGAAUAUCCAGUCCCGAAUGGACUGCUAUUCAUUGGAUAUGCAGAAAAUAAACACCAGAAAGUUUGUUUUCUUCAUGAGUUGUUAGUUCUGUUGUAAGUUUAACAAAUAGCCUUCUAAUUACAGUAUGUGGGUAUCUGUGCAUUGGCAAAAUGAGAUUAAUUUGAUGCUGGGUUGGGCAUUUAAAAGCCCAAACAGCUGGAGUC